AUGUCUUCGAAGGAAAAGGAGCAAAAUUUAAAUAAAAAAAAAAAAAAUUCGGAAAUUGAAUUUUAUACUCCUAAAUCUAAUCUUUCUAUUGGUAGUGUAAAUAGAAAUGUUGCUAUUAAUAAUUUAUACAAAUAUGUUAACAAAGCCAAAAAAGUAAGUAAUAAUAAAAUAAAAAAAAGGUUUAAUGGCAGGAAUAAUUAUAUAACCAUUGAUCAAUCGAAUAUAAAAUUAUCUAAUAUAUUUGGCUUAAAAGAAAAAAAUAAAAAACCUGAAAUUAAUAAAGAUAAAUUUUUAAUCGAAUUUGAUAAAAGCGGUACCGUGUCUGAUAAAAAUUAUGUUCCUAUAAAUAAUAAUAUUAAGACCAAAGUACAUGCUAUAAAAAAAAGUGAUAAACAAUUAAAUAAUAAAAAGGGAAUUUUUUUUGAGCAUACAGAAAACAUUUUAAGAUAUUUUAAAAACGUCGACAGCACAAAAAGUGCAAAUAAUACCCAAGAAUCAAAUUAUGAACAAAAUAAACAUGAUAUUGAAAUUUCGAAAACAUGUAAAGAUCAAAAUAACGUAAUAAACAAUAAUACAGUAAAUAACAUAUAUAGUAAAGAUGACGAAAAAGCAAAAAUAGAAAAUAUAAAUAACAAAGAGACAAUAAGAGAUAUUAAUAAUAAUAAUCAAAUUUCAUAUUUAGACAAAGUAUGGGACAAUUCAAAAAUAACAAAUUGUGAGAAUUGUGAAAAUAGUAAUAUAUUAAACUUUGAAAAAGAUAAAAUAAAAAAUGAGCACCUACAAAAUGACAAGCACAAUGAUGUAUAUUAUGCAUAUUUGGAAACUAUGUAUAUAUAUUCUCGAAAAUACCUUUUAUAUAAUAAAAUGGAAUUUAUUAGUAAGAUAUUAUUCUGCAAGCAACCUAAUUUAAAAAAUUUUAUUUAUUUAAUCGAAUCGUUAUUCUUAAAAAAAAAAUAUGUUAAGCUAUUGAAUUUACUACGUAUACAUAAAAAAUUAUGGGUAUUCCCAUGCCCCAAAAAAGACACACAAAAAAGUUAUAAUAAAAAAAAAGUAGGUCAUAAUAAACAUAAUAACGAUAUUCACCAAAUAUUUAUGCAUUCGAAUAGCCCUAUUCAUAAAAUAUAUGAUUGCAUAAACACCAUAAAUAUAUCUGAUGAUAGCUAUAUUAAUGCAACGGAUGAAAAGCAAUUUUUAUGUAAAAAUUUCCAAAGGGUAAAAAAAAAAAAGUCAGAUUAUGAGCAUAAAAACAAAGAAAGUAAACAAAUAAAAUUGAUAAAAAAUAAAAAAUAUUUCCAAAAAAUUAAGUGUAUAAAUUACAUAGCUUAUAUAAAAAUAAAAUCUCUACUCAAAAUAAAAAACAAAAAUUGUUUAAAUAAGGGUGUAAGGUUUAUAAAUAAGCUCAAUAAAAAAAAAUUGAUAAAGAAUAAUUGCUAUUACUUAUUGCAGGUAAUUAUUGAUUUAUAUGAAUUAAAAGGUUUAUAUAAUCAUUCUUUAAAAUAUUCUAUUUUAUUAUUUUUAAAAUGCCCAAUAUAUCCUCAAAUGAUUCUUAAAUUAUUUGGAUUGUCUUUACUAUCUUUAAAGGAUGAAAUAUACUUAAUUUUACUAGCCAAAUGUAGCAAAAAAGUAAAAUGGCUAAAAUAUUUUCUCUUGUUUAUUUUAUACUCUGUUAAGUAUCAAUUUCACAAUAGUAAAGUUUUUUAUCACUUUCUAUUCCUUAUUGAAAGUGUAACAAAAGCAAAGCAUAAAAAUAAAUGUAAAAAUAGUUGCAGAAUGUCAGGAAAUGCCAUUAAUUAUGAUAAUAAAUUAAAUAAAAUUAAUAUAUCGAAUGCCAAUGGGUAUAGAAAUGGACAUCGAGUUAUUGAAAACCAUAGUUUUAUAAAUACAUAUAAUAAUAAUAUAAAAACAAUACUAGAAAAAGAUUGCAGCAACGAUACCGAAAGUAAUCAAAUAGAUAAUAGUUAUAUUUUAAGUAAUACGAUUCAGGAAUUAAGGCAAUGCAGAGAGUAUAUAGAACAAAACAAGUUUGAAAAAAAUAUGAGUGAUUUCGAGAAAAAGGAUUUUGAAGUAUCAAAUAUUUUUAAUGGAACUGAUAUGUUCCACACAAAAAAUUAUUCUAAUAUUUUAAUUUUUAAAAAAGUGAUCUUAUACAAUUCAAUAUAUAAUAAAAUAACACUCUAUGAUAUAUAUAUAUAUUUAACAAAAAAUAUAUUCUCUAAAUAUUUUCCAAGGGUCUUCUUAUAUUCAAAAAUAUAUAUUAUAAUAAAUAUAAAAAGAAGUUUUUAUGAACGUAAUUAUUCUAUGUGCUACAGCUUAUGUAAAUUAUUGUUAAUGGAUCAGAUAUAUGACUCAUGUGUAAUAACCUUUUUUGUCAAUUCAGCUUAUUUGCUAAAUAAAAUUAGCUGUAUUAAAAAAUUGGCUAAGGAAUUAAAAAAAAUAAAUAAAUAUAUUUACUUUUUAUUUUGCAAUGCGUCUUUACUAUUGUAUUUUAAUAAAAUAGAAAGAUCUAUACAAAUAUACAAAUAUAUUAUUGAUACUUAUUCAAAUAUUUUUUCGGAUUUAUAUUUUUAUUCCUUGUCUAAUUUAAUAUACUCCCUACAGUUAACUCAAAAAGCUCAUCAAAUUAUAGUUCAUUGUAAAAAUCUUAAUAAACUAUUUUUUAAUAAUAUUCAUUCAUAUAUAUUAUUGUCAUAUUAUUAUUUUGUGAAUAAUAUUCCCAAUAAAACUUUUAAUUCGCUAUUCAAGGCUUAUCGCAUAUACAACUACCACCCUGAUAUAUAUUACAUUCUAUCUAUGCUGUCUUUGAGUUACAAGAAGUUUAAAGAUUACGUUUCUUUUAGUGAACUAGCUCUUUUUUUUAGCCUUAGAAAGCAAGUAGUUCGGAAUUAUAUUUUCACAAAAAUUUAUGAUAAGCAAAAUAAAUAUAUACCUUCUUAUUUGUUGCAUUACAACUUUAAAAUAAUCAAUACGAACGAAAUUUCAAGCAAUACUUUUGCAUUUUUUGAUGAGUUUAUGUGUUACUUUUAUUUUGAAAACUUAAUUAAAGCAUACGUAAUUUUACAUUUCGUUCAUUCUAAAAGGUGCAAAUUGAAUUAUCUUAUAUUAGGUGAAAAUUUAUGCACUACCGGGUUAAAAUUUUUUUCGAAGGACAUAAAGUUAUUACACAUUUUGGGAUAUAUUUAUAAUAUUAAAAAGCGCACGAAGGUUCUCUUAUCCAUAGAUGAUGUCGCUUAA